GACGCAUCAUAUGAACGGAAUAAAACGAUAGUAACGACAUCUGCAGAUAUUUCUUUUUUUUAAUAUGAAAAUAAAAUACCGCCAAUUCAAUGUUGAUCGCAUCUCCUCAAUGUUUUGACGUGCAUGGCAAUGGCGGAUUUUAUGUUUAUCACAUAUUUUAUAUUAUCGUUGACACUCAAAUUAUGUCCAGGAGAAGAAGAGAAGUUUUCUUUAUUAGAAAAUGAUUUUUCUGUUGAAAGUGAAGAAUCACAAAAGUCUAUAGAUACUAUGGCUUUUAAUGGCAGUUCGACUGGGCAACAACGUUUUAAAUGUCAUAUUUGCGAGGGACCAGAUUGCCUAUAUUCUGAAAUCUGCUAUAAUGCAGUUACUUGUUGGAAAUCUAGAGUAAGACAACCAGAUGGUAUAGAAAGUGUAAGUAGAGGAUGUACUUCGACGAUAGAUCAAAUGUUAUUAAUAUGUAAUAAGCAAUUGCCACCACGUAUUAUUCAAAGUGUUACUAAAAAGAGGCAUGUAAGUGGACCCUCACGAGGUGUACAAUAUCAUGUUGAAUGUUGCCAAACAGAUUUUUGCAAUGGCGGGCCAUUUCCAAUAUUACAUGACUUUAAUGGAGAUGUUGUUGAAGAAGAUUAUGCAGUUAAAUUAACAUUGGCAAUUUUGGGUCCUGUGGUUGGAUUCUGUAUUAUUGCUGGAAUAGUGCUGUUUUAUUUAUUGGUAUGUAGGACUCGUAAAAAAAGGACAUUGGCUGCAAGGCGUAAUAAACUUGUUAUAGAUUCUGAAAUGGAGUCAUCUAUCCUACAUUUCUCAUUUUCUUCUCCAACAUCCACCACGUAUCAUUCUCAUGAAUUAAAAGCAACUGCAGCUGGUGAUAGUACACUAAAGGAAUACUUGGAUGGAAGAAGCUUAACUAGCGGAUCAGGAUCUGGUUUACCAUUAUUGGUGCAAAGAACAUUGGCUAAACAAGUGGCAUUAGUGGAAUGCCUUGGUAGCGGUGGUAAUGGUGGAUUUGGUGGAGAAGUUUGGAGAGGAAUAUGGCAUGGUGAAAAUGUUGCUGUAAAAAUAUAUUUUUCACGAGAUGAAGCAGCUUGGGCUCGUGAAACAGAAGUUUAUUCUCAAUUGCUACCAUCGAGACACGAUAAUAUUCUCGGUUACGUCGGAAGUGAUAUGACAAGUAGAGCAAGUUGCACUCAACUUUGGCUAGUGACACAUUAUCACCCGAUGGGCUCGCUUUUCGAUUAUUUAAAUCGAACACCUCAUUCUUUGACACAUCAUCAAACACUCAGUAUUUGUUUGAGUAUUGUGAAUGGAUUGCUUUAUCUACAUACAGAAAUUCAUGGAACUAGAGGGAAACCAGCCAUGGCACACCGUAAUCUCAAAUCUAAAAAUAUUCUUGUUAAAACUAAUGGUAGUUGUGUAAUUGCUGAUUUUGCAUUAGCUGUAACGCAAGAACGUUUGGCUACAGAUAGAAUCGAUUUAAAACAAGGUACAAAACGAUAUAUGAGCCCAGAGAUUCUUGAGCAAACGAUAAAUGUUGAAUGUUUGGAGAACUUCAGACGAGCUGAUAUAUACAGUUUAGGAUUGAUACUGUGGGAAGUUUGCAGGAGGUGUAUAAGUAACGGUGUUGCAUUAGAAUAUGUAGCACCAUAUUCCGAGUGGCUUUCUAAUAGCCAAGAACCUUCUAUCGAAGAAAUGCGAAAAUUAGUAUGCUUGGAUCAACACAGACCACCUCUUCCUAACAGAUGGCAUUCUGAUCCAACAUUGGCUGGUUUGGGGAAAUUAAUGAAAGAAUGCUGGCAUGGAAAACCUGCAGCGCGACUACCUGUUCUUAGAGUAAAAAAAACACUUGUUAAACUGGCAGCUAAUGACACACGUGUCCAUUUGUCUCUUGAUUAAGUAGCAUGUAUGGAUGCGUAUUAUUUUAUGCAGAUAUUUAUUAGUAUGAAGAAAAUAAGCUGCGUGGCUUGUUCUGUAAAUUUAUUUCUUCUUUGCAAAAAUGAAGGACAAUUAUAUAAAGUUUGUGCUACUCAUUUACUUUAUUAUAAAUAUAUUUAUAAUUAUCUUGAGUUGAAAGAUGAUACUUGAGGCAAAAUGAAAUGAAAUCUUAUUUCAUAUGAUUCUAAUAUUGUAUAUUACGAUUUAUAGGAUAAUAUUUGUGUAGUAUAUUAUGUGUCCUUGUAUAGUGUAUUUAGUAGUUAAAUUAAAAAGAAAUAUUUUUUUGUUAAUUACUAUUAUUAUUAGUUUCUAGUACCGUAAAGCCUCAGCCGUCUCAGUCUAACUAAGCUGGCGAAGAAUAUGUUCAUCGCUUUGUGAAAUUAUCUCAUAUAAAUGAAUAUUCAUUUAUAUCGGAUAUUUUAAUUGGGUAAAUAAGUUACCACUCUGUUAUGUAAAGAAUGAAAUUUCUAUCAUUUUUAUUCUAAGAGAAUCUUUAAACUACUUGAGAGAAAGGGAGAUGCGAUCAUCUAUCAUUGCCAAUGGCUGAGAAUUAUUGAUGUGUUCAUUAUAAUUAACGUGCUUAAUUAGCUAGAUUAUUUACUGUAAUUAUAACAUAAUAACUAUAACAAUUGAUAACUCAAUAAAUAGUUGUUAUAAUUGUAGUAGCAACUAUAAAUAUAAGUGGUAACAAAAUUUUUAUCAAAAUAACAAUAGGUUUUUUAUAUCACAUAUAUAUCAAUCACUAGGAAAUGUUUUGCAGGUGGUAACAGCUAUAUAUUCAAAACGUUAAUAAACAGACGAGACUAUUAGUACAUAUAUCUUUUCGGCAUAAUAUUAUUUUUAUAUGACAUGUAUGAAUGUUAACAAGAUUUGUAAUAAAAAUCAUAGUUAGUGUAUCGUCA